UUUCCAGUAUCAGAUCCUGCUCUGACACUGGGUUUUACCUGUUAUAUGAAUUACCUUCAACUUUCCAAAGCAAUCCUUGAUCCCCAGCCAUGUACAAUAUUAUGGAAGAAGAGUAUGAAUGUGAAAAUGACCCUGACCCUAAAGAAAUUCUGCUUUAUGAACAGGUGGAGUUUAACAGUGAUUCGGGUUCCUUAUUUUUUAACGAUGAUGAGAGACGGAUUGAUUUUGUUUUGGUCUAUGAAGAUGAGGUCUAUGAAAGUCGCCAGUUUCAGAGACGAAAGAGACAAAGACAGUAUUUUGAAGCUAGUUUGAUGAACAUGGGCUUAGAACUGGAAGCAACAAAGUCUGUUUUGAAUGAGAAGGUUGUGUUUGUUAAAUGUCACACUCCCUGGGACGUCCUGUACAAAUAUGCUGAGGUGGUGCACAUCAAGCUGCCGAUACAGCUCAAUGAUUUAAAGAGCAAGGCCUCAGCUUUCAACUGUUUUACCAAGCUCUUCAGUCCCAGUGAGGAUUUAAUUCAUCCAGAAACUGAAUACUUCACUGCUCCAUUUGAGAAGGAAAGAAAAUCACAUUUCUACAAGGACCUGGAACAAUUCUUUACCCCAUCUAUGCGAAGCAGAAUUGCAAGCUUUAUCCUUACUCGGGCAUAUUAUGAGAAGAAUGAAGGGGAAUUUGGAAUCACCAAGCUUUUGGACCGUGGGGUGUACAAGGCAGCAUAUCCACUGCAUGAUUGCCGAUUCAAUGUAAAGUCAGAAAACCAAAAACGCCCCAAUGAAAGGUACCUCUUGUACAAAGAAUGGGCUCACCCUAGGAGCUUUUAUAAAUUGCAGCCUCUGGAUCUGAUAAGAAAGUAUUAUGGAGAAAAGGUUGGUAUCUAUUUUGCAUGGCUUGCCUUCUACACAGAAAUGUUGGCAUUUGCAGCAGUGGUGGGAUUGGGCUGCUUUAUCUUUGGAUACCAAACUAAGGAAGCAAGCACAUGGAGCAAGGAGGUGUGUGAUCCCCAAAUUGGAGGCAGCAUUAUCAUGUGUCCUCAGUGUGACAGGGAAUGCACUUAUUGGAGACUCAAUAGUACCUGUGAGUCAUCUAAGAAACUCUGCAUAUUCGACAAUUUUGGUACAUUAGUAUUUGCAGUGUUCAUGGCAGUUUGGGUUACUUUGUUCCUGGAGUUCUGGAAACGUUAUCAGGCAGAGCUAGAAUAUGAGUGGGACACGGCUACAUUUUUAGAGCAAGAGGAACAGCCCCGUCCGGAAUAUGAAGCAAAAUGCAUUCAUGAAAGAGUGAACCCAGUCACACAGGACAUUGAACCCGUGCCUUAUUCAAACUGUGGGAAGUGUAUGAGAGUGUCCUGUGGCAUUUGUACAGUCCUGUUCUGGGUUGUACUGGUCAUUGCUUCAGUAGUUGGGGUUAUAGUGUAUCGUCUGGCAGUGUUCUUUGCAUUCUCUAUUUGUCUGCUAGAACCAUUCAGAGAGUACGUGACACCCCAGAUGGCGACUUCAGUAACAGCUUCCAUCAUCAGCUUAGUAAUUAUAAUGAUACUAAAUACAGUGUACGACAAAGUGGCAAUCUGGAUCACUGAUUUUGAAUUACCCAGAACGAAGACUGAUUAUGAGAACAGCCUGACCUUGAAGAUGUUUCUUUUCCAAUUCGUCAACUACUAUUCCUCUUGCUUCUACAUUGCCUUUUUCAAAGGCAAGAUUGUUGGUUAUCCUGGGGAUCCAGUGUAUUGGCUUGGAAAAUACCGGAAUGAGGAGUGUGAUCCAGGAGGCUGCCUUAUUGAGCUAACAACUCAGCUGACAAUUAUAAUGGGUGGCAAAGCAGUCUGGAAUAACAUCCAAGAAGUACUCAUGCCGUGGAUAAAGAAUCUCAUAGGCCGCUGUACCACAAAAGCCUCUGAAAAGGUUACCCCGCGAUGGGAGCAAGAUUACCAGCUACAGCCUUUGGGAAAGCUAGGAUUGUUUUAUGAAUACCUUGAAAUGGUUAUCCAGUUUGGUUUUGUUACCUUGUUUGCGGCCUCCUUUCCUCUGGCUCCUCUUUUGGCACUUGUCAACAACCUGUUUGAAAUCAGAGUAGAUGCCUGGAAAAUCACCACCCAGUUUCGGCGGGUAGUGCCAGAGAAGGCACAAGAUAUCGGAUCCUGGCAGCCAAUCCUUCAAGGAGUAGCAAUUCUUGCCGUGGUGACAAACGCCAUGAUCAUUGCUUUCACCUCUGACAUGAUCCCUCGAUUGGUCUACUAUUGGGCUUUCUCUGUGUAUCCAUAUGGGGAUUAUGGAAAUCACACUAUGAAAGGCUACAUCAACAACACUCUCUCCAUCUUCAACAUCUCUGACUUUUCCCAUCGUAGCAAGCCAUUGCAAAACCCUGUGUGGUUCGACCCUGAGAGAGAUACCACCUGUAGGUAUAGGGAUUUCAGAUACCCCCCUGGACACCCCCGACAAUAUGAGUACAGCAUUUACUACUGGCACGUGAUUGCUGCCAAACUGGCUUUCAUUAUACUGCUUACGCAUGUUGUGUACUUUGCUAAAUUUAUCCUGUCAUACAUAAUUCCUGAUGUCCCAGCAGUUGUGAAACAGCAGAUGAAACGUGAAAACUACUUAACCCAGAAAUGGCUAUAUGAAUCUCAGCUAAAUCUGAAGAAACAUGUAGGCUGCACACCAGACCCGGUAUAAAUACUGAGUUUAAAAUAUAAAAUGAAGAGUUAAACCAUUAUGUUACCAUUUGAUAAUUACUCUGUUAAACCAGGUUAUUGAUACAUUACUUGUUUGAUUAUAGGGUUCCAAGGAGAUUUACUUAAGUUUGAAAGUGAUGUUUGUAUACAAUUUGAAAAUUAUUUAAAAAGUUUGACCGAUAAUUUCAAAUAAUUAUUCGUUUGGAGUGUGACAGGGCUAAAUGUAAAUAGUGGGUGGGGGAAUAUAAAGUUGGCAGGGAUGUGGUUAAAUCUGUCCCUGCCAACAAUCACAGGUCAGUCCCCAAUUAGGUAAUUGAGUGCUAAUUGGGAAAUGGUCACCUGUAUAAAAGGGGGGAAAGAGGUUGUUUGGGAAACAGGAGUUUUGAUGUGUGUUGUGACUACCUGGAGGAGGAAAGCCUACAACUGUUUAGUCUUUCUGUUUGAAUCUAAUUUUUGGUUGUUGUGCCCUGUUUA